GUGCCGCUAAUACGUGUGGUAAUGGCUUUUGCGACUGGCCUCCACUCCACCGCCCUCAGUCACACAAUUCUCCCACUUCUCCACCACCGCGGAACUCUUCUCUACGCUCACUUCCGCCGUCUCAGUAACUCGGCCGGUUUGUUUGCUUCAUCCUCCCGCCGUUGUAAGCGUGAAUUUCAGCCGGUUUUUGCACAGGCUCGCCGAAGCUUUUCAUCCGCAGUAGCCUCUCCGUCUGAUUUGCAAUUUGAGGGGCCUCUUAAGAUAAUAGAGUAUCCAGACCCGAAAUUGAGAGCCAAGAACAAGCGAGUUGACACGUUUGAUGAGACAUUGAAAAAGCUUGUAGAUGAGAUGUUUGAUGUAAUGUACAAAGAUGAUGGUGUUGGGCUCUCAGCACCCCAAGUUGGGAUGAACGUUCAGGUUAUGGUGUUUAAUCCAGCUGGCGAACGCGGCGAAGGAGAGGAGAUUGUUCUUGUAAAUCCACGCAUCAAUAGAUAUUCAAGACAGAUAGUACCGUUUGACGAGGGUUGUUUAUCCUUCCCUGGAGUUUACGCAGAUGUCGAGAGACCAAAUUCAUUAGUGGUUGAAGCACAAGAUAUUAACGGUGCAAAGUUUGAAGUUAACUUGACUGGAUUUCCCGCCCGGAUCUUUCAGCACGAAUUUGAUCAUCUACAGGGAAUCCUUUUCUUUGAUAAGAUGAGUGAUGAAAUACUCGACACUAUUCGUGCGGAGUUACAGGCGUUGGAAAAGAAAUACGAGGAGAGAACUGGAUUGCCGAGUCCUGAAAGGAUUGAUAUACGCCGAAAAAUUAAAAAAGCCGUUGGAUUUGGAAAAUCGUGAUUUGUAUACCUGAUAACUGGAAGUAUACGAGUUCGUAGAGUCGCUUAUUUUACGAAAUGUGUUGUAUAUAACUAAUUAUGUUUUGAGCUUUUUACCCUUACAAUGUUUGGACUGCUACCAUUUCAUCACUUAGUCUGCAUUUUCCCAAUAA